AUGAAUUCGUUAUUAAUGGAGAAGAGUGUUAUCGUCGAUAUAUUUUUGCUUCUGCUUGCUACAAUUUCCCUUUUACCCCUUGUAGCUUACGGUUUCACUGAUGAAGUCGCUGCUCUUCUUAAAUGGAAAGCUAGCCUGCAACUAGAAAACAAUAAUGAAGUAUUAUCUUCAUGGCGUGACCAAAUUGAACCUCUCAUCCUCGGGAUUAACUGCAUGAUACCUCCAGAAAUUGGACUCUUGGCAAAUCUUGAGACGCUUCACUUGCUUGAAAAUGAGUUAAUAGGUUCAAUUCCACAUGAGAUAUGCAAUAUGAAGUUUCUUUCUGAGCUUGCUUUGUAUGCCAAUGCUCUUACUGGUGCCAUUCCCUUCUGUCUAGGUAACAUGACCAACCUCAGUUAUCUAUUUCUCAAUGAUAACAAACUCGUGGGUUCCAUUCCUUAUGUAUUAGGAAACCUCUCAAAUUUAAGUGAGCUGCAUUUGCAGAACAAUUCUCUAACCGGGACCAUUCCAAACUCUCUUGGAAAUCUGAGCAAUCUGACUAUAUUAAAUCUGUUUCGCAAUCGGAUACAUGGCCCCAUUCCUCCUGAAAUAGGUCGUCUUCAAUCCCUUACCCUUCUGCGUCUCUAUUCGAACAACCUUUCUGGUCCAAUUCCCGAAGAGUUUGGAAACAUGAUAUCCCUCGUCAGGCUGCAAGUAAGUUAUAAUCUCCUCAAUGGUUCCAUUCCAAAGUCAUUUGGUAACCUCCUAAAUUUACAGAGUUUGUAUCUUAGAAAUAACCAAUUUUCUGGUCCUCUUCCACAAGAGUUGGGAAAUCUCAAGUUUGUUGUGCUUGAACUUUCAGAAAAUAAAUUUUCAGGUUCUUUACCAGAUAAUAUAUGUAAUGGAAGGAGAUUAGAGUUGUUGCUUGUAAGUCAAAAUAAACUCACAGGCACAAUGCCCAAGAGCUUGUAUAACUGUACAAGUCUAGUUAGAGUACGGUUCGAUGGAAACCAGGUCACUGGAAAUAUAUCCGAAAUAUUUGGUGUUUACCCUCACCUCCGAUUCAUCAAUCUCAACGACAACAAGGUUUAUGGGGAACUUUCUGACAACUGGAGUAAAUGCAAAAAUUUGACCACGAUGCAACUUGGAGGAAAUGAUAUCAGUGGUAGCAUACCUCCAUCCCUUGGUAAUUCUACUCAAAUAGAAAUGCUUAAUCUUUCAUUUAAUCAUUUGGUUGGGGAGAUCCCAAUGGAAUUUGUGACGAUGAAUCGCUUAUUGAAUCUGGUUUUAAGCAGUAACCAGCUUUCGGGUUCACUACCUACAGAAAUAGGAUCACUAAGUGCACUCUCUCUCUUGGACCUAUCUUUGAAUAAUUUUACAGGGCCCAUCCCUUAUACUUUUGGGAAUUGCUUAAAUCUCUUUCAUGUCAACUUGUCAACCAACAAAUUUACACAUGAAAUUCCAGUACAAUUAGGGAAAUUGUCGCACUUGUCAGUUCUUGAUCUCAGUCGCAAUUCAUUCACUUCAAAGAUACCAUCACAAAUUGCAAGUUUAAGUAGUUUAGAGAAGCUGAAUCUCUCUCACAAUAAACUCUCGGGCAAUAUCCCUAACUCCAUGGAAGCAAUGAAUGCUUUGUGGAGCAUUGACGUGUCCUACAAUGAGUUGGAGGGUCCCAUUCCCAACAGCAAAGGCUUUCUGAAUACUUCUCUAAAAGGCUUACAAGGGAAUAAAGGUUUGUGUGGUAACAUCACUGGAUUACAACAGUGCGACAACGAUUUGAUUGUGGAAAAGCAUGAUAAGAACAGAGGCCAAAAGCUUGCGCUUAUUGUUUCACUCCCUCUACUCGGAGCACUUCUACUUCUUAGUAUGUUCAUUGGAAUGGUGAUCUUCUAUCACCGAAGAAAGAAGCUGUCAUCAACAAGACAGGUGGAAGAGGAUCACGUCCUGGACUUCUUUUCCAUAUCAACUUUUAGCGGAAAGGAAGCAUAUGAUGAAAUCUUGAAGGUAACACAGGAGUUUAAUGAAGCAUAUUGUAUUGGAAAGGGAAGAUGUGGAGCAGUGUACAGAGCAAAGUUGACAUCAAAUGAGAUAGUUGCUGUUAAGAGAAUUCAUUCAUCUUUGGAUAUGGUUGAUCGUAAUAGCUUUUUACGUGAGGUUAAGGCAUUAACUGAAAUAAGGCACAGGAAUAUUGUGAAGCUAUAUGGGUAUUGUUUACAUACAAAACAUUCAUUUUUGAUUUAUGAAUACCUGGAAGGAGGUAACUUGUAUGAAAUGUUGAGGAAAGAAGCUACUCAAACUUUGGGAUGGACCAAGAGAGUGAAUAUCAUCAAAGGGGUGGCUAAUGCUUUAUCAUAUAUGCACCAUGACUGCUCACCUCCAAUAGUUCAUCGAGACAUCUCGAGCAAAAAUAUUCUGCUGGACUUAGAGGGUGAAGCUUGUGUAUCAGAUUUUGGCACCUCCAAGAUUUUGAAUCCAAAUUCAUCCAAUGAGAGUGCUCUUGCUGGAACAUUUGGAUACCUUGCACCAGAACUUGCUUAUACAAUGAAGGUAACUGAAAAGUGUGAUGUGUAUAGUUUUGGGGUUCUAGCACUAGAAGUGAUCAAAGGAGAACAUCCAGGUGGUAUCAUUGCCUCUCUCUCAGAUGGGAAGAUGAAGAAGCUACAAGAUAUGGUUGAUCAACACCUUCCAACCGUGUCGAUAGAAAUAAAGAAGGUGUUGACUAACGUUAUAAUUUUGGCAAUAAGAUGUUUGAAUAAUAAUCCUGAAAUGAGGCCAACAAUGUAUUAUGUUUCCCAACAGAUUUCAGAAGAUUGUAAAGAUUUUUUGUAAAAUAUUUAAGGAUACAAUAAGAUGGGCAAUUGUUACCUUUAGAAUGUAUUUAGCAAAAGGUGAACCAAUAUUGAAGUAAAUAAACACUAAAAUGUUCAAGGUAUGUUCAA